UGGCGGCUUCAUGAAACAYAUUUGUUUGAAACAUUCUCUUGUUCUUUUGGUUGCCUUUCAUCAGGAGUCUUCUUCCUGAUAAAUUCCCGUUGCUUCUUUCAUAGCGAGUGUUCCUUUCGAGAAUCGUCGGAAAACCAAUAGUUUUUGCAUCGGAGAAAAUGAAACAGCAGCACGUGUUAAACUGCAGUUUCUCGUCAUGGUAUCCACGAUUCAAGAAUGUCACAAUGCAAAGUCGAAUUAUUCCWUUACCAAAAGAAUUCAUAGACUACCUAAACGCAGAUAGCAUUGUUCUUCCAGGGAAGCCGUGUUCUUCUUACAACACAGAUCAAGAAAGUGAUUCUGAAGAAUGGCAAAGCAGGGAGGAAGAUCCUGAUCAAGAAACAGCUGAAGCUCCCGAGUUUAACGAAGUAGAAACGAAAAUAAAGGAAAUGGUGAAUGAMCUAGGUGGGACAGUUUUUCCAAAACUCAACUGGCGUGCGCCAAAAGAUGCAUCUUGGAUCACCCAUGAUGGAACAAUUCAAUGUAAGAAUGCUAAUGACAUGUAUUUGCUGCUAAAGAGCUCAGACAUCAUAGGAGAACAGUUAUCACAUCCUUUCAAACACUGCGAGGACAGUCAAGAAMACACUGAUGUACAGUAUGACUUAGUUCUAAGGAAGUGGAUGGAAAUCUAUCCUGGAAUGGAGUUUCGMUGUUUUGUGAAAAACCAGGAAAUUGYGGCGAUAAGUCAAAGAGACAUUUCAAGCUACUAUCCCUUCAUCAAAGAAAACCAAGAUGACAUUAUCACUGAUAUCUUAACAUUUCAUGAAGAUAAAAUUGCUGACCUGUUUCCAGAUUCUWGUUAUGUUUUUGACGUUUACAGAUAUGCAGAUCAAAAAGUGAUGYUACUGGAUUUUAGCCCAUUUGGCCCACCGACCAAUCCACUGCUGUUUUCCUGGACUGRUUUCAUUGAUGACAGCUUACUCCAGGAAGAUGAUUUUCCAGUUUUUAGAGUCAUUACAUCUGAACUAGGUGUUCAACCUAGCCAAUAUGCCUGUAGUCGUCUUCCAAAGGACAUGAUUGACUUGUCAACUGGAGAAGAUAUCAAUAAGUUAGUUGAUUUUCURAACGUUGGAAACCUUAUACAAAAACCAGGAGAAAAUGAUAAUAAUGAAUGAAAGAGUAUAUAUAGCAACAUCUAUAAUAAUAUAUUAAACAAAAUAAAGAUUGCAUCAAUC